UUUGCAGUCUGUGUCUCGCUUCUCUGCAGGACCCUGAUCCAGCCAGCCAUCUGUUGUUACCCAUCAUGAAUCGAUGAUUAAAUCAUGGAGAUGAUCUGUUCAGAGCGUAUUAGUUAGUCUACUCUAUAUCCAGAGGGGGUGUACCACCAUAUGUCUUCCAAUCCUGCCAGAAUACCCACCAGUGGGUAUUACACUUCGCAAUAUCUUCAUCAGCAACAGUAUGGCCUGUCCCAAAGAGGAAAUGCGCUUCGUCAAGCCAACAAUGGUGAUGGAGACGAAGAAUAUUACACGAAUAACUCCAGAAGAGAAGGAACUCCAGCCGCUUCUACUAACUAUUACGAUACGCCCAGAACUCCUACCACACCAGCUUUCAAAAUCACCCCGUCAUCUCCUUCCGCUACUGGAAUAUCGGCGCUACCUAUCACUAAUCCUCAUAAUAAUCAAGAUAACAUGGCUGCUAAACGUCAGCCUGUAAAAGUAGUGGAAUUUAAGCCUAUGCCUAAAUCUCCAGUACCUGAGUCUCCCUCUACUCCAAGAACUAAUAAAUCAUUCAAGAAUUUCUUCUUCAGUAAAAGUCCUACCAGUCAGCAGCUGAACCAAGCUGCAACUGAAGCUUUGUCGUUAUCUUCAGACGCACUAGAAGAGUAUGACGAAGAAGAUGAUCCCGACUAUCUCCGGCAAGAGAUCACCCCAGCACAAUUAAACUAUUUUGGAAGUCAAAAUUCAGACAACUCCGAUGCUGAAGCUUUUGCCCGAGCAGGCUAUCAGUCUGCCCCUAUGGUGGUUACAUCGCCAAAUCCAAAUCAACUGGUAUCAUUCAAUGGUUAUUAUAUUAAACAGAAAAAAGACUACGACCAAGCCGAUUACAAGCCCAAGUUGUACACCCAUAAAACUUUCAGAGAGAUCUUUAACGAUAAGGAAGAAAGUACUGAUAGGUACAAUCCAAUGGAGUUUGUAUUUGAUCAAGGACCCAAGAAAACCAAUAUAGUUAAGAAUGUACAAGGAUUAUUUGGUAAAGACGAUUAUAAUAAUUACAACUACUAUGACCAUAAGCUGGCCAAGCCUCGUAAGAACCCAAUGAAAGAAGUAUUUGUUACGGAAAGUGAAGAUGAAGAUGGAAAUAAGGUUGAAGAUGAAAAUGCCGAUCCGUUUGAUGAAGUGGAGCCAGUAAAGAAGAACAAGAAAUUAACCAAAUUAUUUAAGAAGAAGAUAAAGAAAGCCAAGAAGGAACUAGGCAAAGACUUUGUUAAUAAUACUGAGAAGCAGAGGGAAGAGAAGGAAAUACGACGGGAAGAGCAACGGAUGAAGAAAGAGCAAGAGAUGAAGGAGCAGGAGAUGAAAGAGCAAGAGGCAGAAGCAGAAGCUGCAGCUGCCGCAGUCAGAGAUAGAGCUAGAGCUAGAGCUAUAGGCCAGAAUCCUGAUUUCCAUCCAUUAUGGAACUACUUUCUUUCAUGGGUGGUUUACGAUACUGCCGCUUCUAUAGCUGGAUCAUCUAAAAUUACUGAAUUACCAUCUGGAGAUGCCGCUACUAUUGCGCCAACCACGACGGGAGCACUUACAACAAUUGGAGCCCAAACUACAGCAAAGGCAGCAACUACAAUAGCUCCAUCUACUGCCAGACCACCAACUAUAGUAGAGGCUCCAGCUCCAGCUCCAGCUCCAGGUGCCAAGUCUCGACUCAAAAACAUACGCAAAAACUAUCAGGUACUUGCAUCCAAAUGGAAUAAGCCAGCUGCUGCGUUAUUCAACGACCAAUACAUUCCCAACUCCACCCCGAUCCUGACUCCGACCGUAGGUCUGGGACUGAACCUGCUGCCUAGUGUCAGUUCCAGUUUAGUCAGCAGCCAAACUACAAACAAAGAGUUCAUAAUUGAAUAUGAUGGAGAUGAUGAUACUGAGAUCGACCAAGAAUUGUAUUACAAUCCAGCCACCAACCAACUUGAAGCUCAACCACCAACAUCAUUCUCAUCGCUCCAUCCCCAGGCUCAAACCACCAUGGCCGAAACCACCAUGGCCCAGAUCGGAACCAUUGCCAACAUGAGCUCCCCUCUGCAAAUCAUCUCCAACAUCAACCAGCUCAUUAAAAACAUUAAAAUCAUGAGGAUCAUCUUUGCUCCCAUCGAUAUAAUUGCUGAGAACUUCCCCCAUUUACAGACCAUUGUAAUUCUUAUAGAAUUAGGGAUAUUUAUGUGGAUUCUUUAUGAACUCAGUCUACUUAUCGAUGCCAUCUGUAUGAUGGUUAAAGCAGUAUGUGCCCCUAUGAUCGCUAUGGGAAGAUUUAUGAAUCGCAUCAUGUAGUAGUACACGUAUAUAAACUAACUAUAUAACAUAGAAUUACAACCAGGGUAAUGUAACAUGGAGAAAAUUAGAAUAGAAUAGAAUAGCAAAGAUAGUAUAGUAAUAGUAGUAAUAAUAAUAAUAAUAAUAAUAAUAAUAAUAAUAGUAAUAGUAAUA